AUGUCAUCUAUAGGCUUGCUCGUAUCUCGUCUUCGUUAUCCUUUUUUCCGUCGUUAUUUAACGAUACAAACGUCAAAUGUUAAACCAAAAAGUAAUUUACCUUCGAAUUUACAAAAGUCAAAUGAUCCAACAGUUAUGCCAAUACUAAAUCCGAAUGAUUUACCAGAAGCUGAACAAAUAUAUAUAAAACGUUUUGAAGAACGACAUAUGAGGAAUGUUGAAAGACGCACAAGAGAACGACGACGAGCACGAAUUAUUGGUUUAUCGUUUGGUGCUUUAGCUAUUGGUAUUUAUAUUUAUACAAUUAAACGUGUUCGACAAGAAACUUUUUUGGAUGAUUUUGAUGUACCUGAACCACCACCACAAAAGAAAGCAAUCGAACACGAAUAA